GAUUCGCCCAGGAUAGUCACGACGCGACGCGCACGCGACGACGUGCCGCGAAAGCCAUGGCGAUGCGAAUCCCCGUGUGGCAGAUGAAUGGAGAGGUUUUGCACGUGGAAGUGAUGCCCGAGAUGCGCGUGGCGGACUUGAAGCAUCAACUGCGAGUCUUGCAGCCCAGUGCCGACAAGCUCCAGCGGCGCAUUACGCGUGUCGAGGUGCUCUUGGACCACGAAAGACUGCAGGAAGACGAGCAAACCUUGGGCCAUGCAGGGCUCUUGCCGGAUUCCGUCGUCCAUGUGCUCUUCACAAUGAAUGCUGUGGUGUGCAGCAGCCAGGAAGCUUCUGGAAAACAACCCUUGGAACUGCAAGUCGUGAGCAUCCCAGAGUCGGCCACAGAGAUUGAGGCUGCUGCCUUCCAAGAUUGCAGCCUUCUUGAGCUGGUGUCGAUUCCAAGUUCCGUGGCCAGGAUCGGGGCUGAGGCUUUUGCCAAUUGCAGCUCCAUCACCCAGGUGAAGCUGCCCGAGUCCUUGGCGCACAUCGGAGAGAGCGCCUUCGCCGGCUGCGCCUCCUUAAGAUCGGUGGCCAUUCCCAGUUGGGUGGCCAUCGGGGAAGGCGCUUUCAAGUCGUGCAGCUCCUUGAGUUCCUUGAGUCUCGACUCCGUUCUCACCCUGGACACUGAAGCCUUUUGUGGCUGCCGAAGCCUGAAAGAGGUGAAUAUCCCAGGGUCCCUCCAAGAGAUCAGCCCCAGGGCUUUCAGUGGUUGCUCUGCCUUACUGAAGCUGAGCAUACCCGACAGCAUCCGAGAGAUUGGGGAGAGCGCUUUUUUCGCCUGUAGCUCUUUGACGACCUUGAACAUUCCAGACUCGGUGCUCAUCGAUCGAAAGGCAUUUCAACUCUGUAGCUCCCUGCGUUCCCUUCAUCUGGGAGACCACGUGCAGAUGGGGCCCUGCGUCUUUGCUGGAUGCCACUCUUUGAAGAGUUUAAGCCUGCCCAAGUAUAUGACUGUCAUUCCGCAGAGUGCCUUCAGUGGUUGCUGCUCCUUGAGUGUCGUGAGGAUCCCCGAAGGGGUUUUCCAGAUUGAAUCUGGUGCCUUCAGUGACUGCUUGGCGUUGACACACGUCCACCUGCCCUCAUCGCUGAUGUCCAUUGGAGAGAACGCCUUCUGCGAUUGUCACUCACUUUGCACCAUGACCUUGCCGAGCUCUCUGAGUCAUAUGGGGAACUCUGCCUUCCUGAAUUGCACUUCUUUGACCAGUGUGAGGAUCCCAGGCUCUUUGACUCAGAUUUCCUCCGAUGCCUUUCAUGGCUGUUGCUCUUUAGCCAGCUUGGAGAUCCCCAACAGCGUCACCACGAUCCAAGAAGCCGCCUUUAUGGGCUGCAGCUCUUUGACCACAUUGAAGAUCCCAGAGUCCGUGAUCUUCAUUGGCUGCAAAGCGUUCCAGGACUGUAGCGCUCUCAGUCACUCAAAGCUGCUUUGGCCAGGCUCGCUGCACAGCGUUGGCCUUCGACACCAGGGUCGUGGUGCCGGAGGUGAAGGACCUUGAGAGGACCGUCGCUUCUCACGACGUCGGCGAAGAGGUCUCUUUGAGCUCAGGACCCAAGCGCCUUCCUCCUCAGGACGUGCUUGUGAUCGGCCGCUUCCGCAGACCGUGGUUCCUUCAUGAACGAGUGGCCAAGCGCUGUGCCACAUCGGGUGUGGCGAAUCCGCUGCGAAGGGGGGGGUUCGAGUCAACCACUGCCGGCACUGAAGAACCCAAAGAAGAUGUGGAUGAAGAUGAGGUGUUAUCUCAUCGCAGUUGCUGUUCCCGCUUGCAACGGCUUUUCUCAUGAGAUCCAACCAGCGCAUCCACUGUGGCCACAACGGGGGCGUGGUGGUCGGAGGCUGGAAAAGCAAAGCAACCAAUGUCGCCCACGGUAUAGAAUAGCAUCGAAAGGGCCAGGUGACUUCGGGCGACAAGAAGGUCAGCAGGCAAUGGGUGUCAGUUCUUUUGCCC